UAAAAGUCCCUGCUGCUAGAUCGCCGAUCACUAGGGAAGGCAGAGUUAAAGGAGUCUUUGGCUAGGUAACAAGAGCUAAUGUUACUGUCUUCUGAAUACAUUUGAAGAUAAUCAUUUGAUUAGAAGAGAGCUCAUUUUUUACAUUGCCUGUGUGUUAGUUCUUUUUUAGCAGCAUUUACCUCGAAAGGAGCUGCAGACUACGCCUUCUUCAAGUUGACUCGAGUUGCCAGAGAUGUUUCAGAUAAAGAAGGUUUGUUGCAUUGGGGCCGGCUAUGUCGGGGGUCCCACAUGCACUGUGAUCGCACAAAUGUGUCCCGAGAUCACAGUCACUGUGGUGGAUAUCAAUGAGUCUAGGAUCAACGCUUGGAACUCGGAUACGCUGCCCAUAUAUGAGCCGGGUCUGAAGGAGGUGGUGGAGUCGUGCAGAGGGCGGAAUCUCUUCUUCUCCACGGACAUCGACACGGCCAUCAAGGAAGCCGACCUAGUAUUUAUUUCUGUGAACACGCCCACAAAGACCUACGGCAUGGGCAAGGGCCGGGCGGCCGACCUCAAGUACAUCGAGGCCUGCGCCCGCCGCAUCGUGGAGAUGUCCGACGGCUACAAGAUCGUGACGGAGAAGAGCACGGUGCCGGUGCGCGCCGCCGAGAGCAUCCGCCGCAUCUUCGACGCCAACACCAAGCCCAGCCUCAACCUGCAGGUGCUGUCCAACCCGGAGUUCCUGGCGGAGGGCACGGCGGUGCGGGACCUGAAGGAGCCGGACCGCGUCCUGAUUGGCGGGGACGAGACGGCAGAGGGCCAGAGGGCCAUCCGAGCGCUGUGCGCCGUCUACGAGCGCUGGGUGCCCAAGGAGCGCAUCAUCACCACCAACACCUGGUCCUCGGAGCUCUCCAAACUGGCGGCCAACGCGUUCCUGGCCCAGCGAAUCAGCAGCAUCAACAGCAUCAGCGCCCUGUGUGAGGCAACCGGGGCCGACGUGGAGGAGGUGGCCAAAGCCAUCGGCAUGGACCAGAGGAUAGGCAGCAAGUUCCUGAAGGCCAGUAUCGGCUUCGGAGGAAGUUGUUUCCAGAAGGACGUGUUAAAUCUCGUUUACCUGUGUGAAGCGCUCAACCUCCCGGAGGUGGCCUCCUACUGGCAACAGGUGAUUGAUAUGAACGAGUACCAGAGACGGCGUUUUGCCUGCAGGAUCAUAGACUGUCUCUUCAACACAGUCACUGGCAAAAAGAUCGCUCUCCUCGGCUUCUCCUUCAAGAAAGACACCGGGGACACCAGGGAGUCUUCCAGCAUCUACAUCUCAAAGUACCUGAUGGAGGAGGGGGCCAAGCUGCACAUUUAUGACCCUCAAGUCCUGAAGGAGCAAAUCAUCCUCGACCUCUCCCAGCCCCACAUAUCUGGGGACAGCCCCCAAAGAGUGGGCGAGCUGGUCACCGUUACCAAAGACCCCUAUGAGGCCUGCCAGGGGGCCCACGCACUGGUGAUCUGCACCGAGUGGGACAUGUUCAGGGAACUGGACUACGAAAAGAUCUACAAGCAGAUGCUGAAGCCCGCCUUCCUAUUCGACGGCCGCAGAGUGUUGGACCACCUCCACGGGCAUCUACAGAACAUCGGCUUCCAGAUUGAGACCAUCGGUAAAAAGGUGACGACGCUGCGGAUUCCUUACACCCCUGCGGCAGUGACAGAGCCCCCGGCCAAGAAAACCAAAGCUUGAACCUUUCUCAGAGACACACAGACACACAGACACACACACAUUCCGACACACGCAUUCCGUUCGCACACAUCCUGCAGCUGGUUCUAAUCAUUUCAAUAACGAUUAUAACCCAUUUCUUGUCGCUACUUGCCGAUAGCUGCUAUGUGAUUAAGCGGUUAAUUGGCUAGGUGGCCAGAGAUCCAGAAGUCCAGUGAACGGUUAGGAAUGAUGUCUAAGGGAGUGGAUUGAUUAAACUUAUGAGCCAGUGUCCCCCAUGGAACCAAAUCGAAUGCAGUACGUUGCACCGAAAUGUUUGACAAUUAUAUGUAAACUAUAUUUUUAUGUAUUUACUAUGUAAUGUUGAAUCAGCAUUUUUAAUAGAGCUUAAACAUUUUUAUACAUAUUAAGCAUUUUUAUAAAUCAUCCUCUGCUGUACAUGGGUCUGAGACUAAGAAUAUGUCUGCAAUCUUUUUUUUUGCCAAAUGGACCAAUGAAAUAAAACUGUCCUGUGCUUCUGUGA